UUGUAGCCGGAUGUGGUGUGUGUUACCACGACGACGUGACGUUCGUAGCUGAGGCAACAUGGCGAACGGUGGAGUGACCGUAGAUGACAUGCGAUAUGCUGAAUACACUCCUAAAACAACCGUGAGGAGCGACACGGACAUAGACAGACGGCUGGGAGGGACUCUGAUUGCAGUCGGUCUUGGUGUGGCAGCUGCAGGGUUUGCAGGCCGCUAUGCAUUCCACCUGUGGAAGCCUCUUGGACAAGUCUUCUCUGAAACUGUCAAGAAGAUGCCAACAUCAGGUUUCUCAUCAUAUUACAAAGGAGGUUUUGAGCAGAAGAUGUCCAAACGAGAGGCCAGCCUCGUUCUUGGUAUCAGUCCAACCAGCACUAAGGCCAAGGUACGUGAGGCUCAUCGGAGGAUCAUGGUCCUGAACCAUCCAGAUAAAGGUGGGUCACCGUAUCUCGCCGCCAAGAUCAACGAGGCCAAAGACCUUUUGGACAAAGAGUCCCGGCGAUGACCUGCACUGUUAACGAACAUUUUAAAGAUGUCUAUCACCUCGUGCAUCAUCUCCUCUCUGUAGCUCUGCUACAUAGACAUCAUCACCACACCAGUGAAUCCAUUCAAGCUCCUGGAUGAAUUGAAGAACAAAAAUUAUACUUUCAUGACAGUUUAACAAGAUUACUUAACUUAUCAUUGACUUAAUUUGUCAUCAUAUAAAUUUGUAUUUCAACCAAGAGUGAAGAUUUCCUUGAAAUGGCAAAUGACUGAACAGUCAGGGGUGGGUUAAGUUGCAGUGUCGCCCUCUAGUGGUAGCUGUUCCACAUCGAGUGCUUCUGCUGGGUUCAUGACUUGCUGUGUAAAAAUGAGUGUACAGAUGUCAGUAUAUAUGGUAUCGUGUAAUGAUGUAUUCUAUUUAAAGAUCAGUAGAAUAAUAAAUUUAAAUAUUUCCAUGAUUAAAUAGGGAAUGUGGAAGUGGUUAAAAACCUACCUACAUAAACCAGGUUUAUUAAAUAAAGCUUUUUAACACUGAAAAAAAACCCAUUUGUCUCUGUAUUUGGCAAAAGUGUUUCUUUCUUCUCAUCAUUACAAAUAACCCCAGCCAUGCCUUGCUGAGGAAGCUGUUCGUGCUUUUAGUCUGUUUCUGAUGUCAGUUUUAGAGUUAAAACACAAGGUGCUCUACCUGCAGUAGCAGACUGACUGUGAGCAGAUCUUAGUGUUUCAGUCUUCUGGGCUGCAUCUAACUUCUCUCUAUUCAAGAGCUACUUCUAGGCCUUUGGACCAAAAAAUUGGGAGUCCUAAUGUUGGGACUGAUGUGUUACUCUGAAAUUUUGUUCAGAGGUACUUAUAGUCUUAAUAGGUUUUUUUAUGUUUCUGAAACCCUUACCCUGAUUAUGGAAAAAGGUAUCUUGUAUACAUGACAUUUAAAAUAUCUGAAUAUAGCAGAAAGAUUGUAACAUGCUUAUUUAAGUGCAUUUAAACACACUGAGUAAACUGGUAACUCAGUGAUGCUCUGUCAGGCAGCCAUUUUCGAUAUGUUUUGUAAUUACUCUGUUGUAUGUUAAUCUUUGUAGCUGUGUUUCCUUUAAAAGGGAAAAAGCAGAUAAAUAAACCCAUCAUAGACAGCAA